GGAAAACAAACCAACGUCUUGUCGGUGAAAAAGUCUUUCCUGGUCAAAUCUCAGUUGAAUGCAGUACUGCCGUGUCGUAGUCCUUUGCGCUUGGUUUGGUGUUGGCUCCUGCCGCUGCUCUGUUGUCAUGGCCCCACCGGGUGGCUCUAGGGGUGGCUUUAAGGGAGUGGAGUUGGCCAUGUGGUGCACACUGCUGUUCGCCAUUGUCUGCAUGAUCUGCGCUACAGCUGUGCCGCAGUGGUAUGUAGGGAGGUCUAUACGCGUCGGUCUCUGGAAGAUCUGCUAUAGCUACGACUCCCCGUGCGAGGUCUACAGCGUCACCUCCUCAGCAUCGAGCAGCCUUAACAGUGCUCGAGGCUUUUCUGUUCUUGCUAUCAUUAUGGCUCUAGUCGGUAUGUUCUUAGCUGGAGCCAUCGCGCUCAUGACCAACAAGGUAACCCUACUAAGGAUUCCCCGCGUUUUAUUCGGCAUCGCAGGUGGCUUUAAGGCCAUCUCGGCCCUCUCGUUUGUGGCAUUCGUUCACAGAGCAGACACGUUCUCUAGCAGCUUCAGCUAUGGUGCUAGCUUUGCCGUCGCCUGGGUUGCUGUCUAUAUGUCCUUCGCUGCGACUCUCUUCGCACAUCUGCACCACAGAGCGCUGGCUAUUGAGGCUAUUCAGCGCCAAACGCGUGCUAAUCCUGUGUAGCUCAUGCGAACUGCAUCGCCAGCUAACACUUACGGAUACUGUACAUCGUACGAAGAGCCUUCCCUGAGGUUUCUAGCUGGCAACACCUUUUGCUACAUGUAAUUAGCCUUUUCUUUGCAUUGCAAAUCUUAUGUAUAACAUCUCGUAUAGGACACGGCAUUUCCUGUACACCUCAGCGCUUGAAAAUAUCCAUAAUACUAUACGUAGGUAGUAGGUAGUGCAAGAUACCACUACUCGGUUACUCGACUUCUCUGGUAAUUUGCGUGUGCUAUGGACACAGGAAUUUGGGGUGGAUCUUUUACUAGCAUGCGAGUUUCUAACGUUAUAAAGCUCAAAGGCACUUCACUGCUAGGGAUAUUGCGCACAUGUAUAUUCUCCGACAAUCACGUGUCGCAAUUUGAAAUGGCUCAACCAUUGAAUUACAUGAAUAGAUUUGCACUA